AUGCCUGCCACGCGCACAUGCCUGCCACGCGCACAUGCCUGCCACGCGCACAUGCCUGCCACGCGCACAUGCCUGCCACGCGCACAUGCCUGCCACGCGCACAUGCCUGCCACGCGCACAUGCCUGCCACGUGACGUCAUCAUGGGUGACGUUGACGUGGGGAGAGAGCGAGAGCGAGGGCAGCUGGGGCAGGGCGAGGCGACUCAUCACAUGGCGAGGCGACUCAUCACAUGUGACUCACAGCGCGUGCAGGCGGGAGAGCGCAGUGAGGGCGAGGGGGAUGGAGCCCGUGAGGCCCCCACCAAGGAGGAUCCUGCGUGGCGCACAGAGGGCGGGGGUGAGAGGCCAGUGUUCAGGCGCCUCAGCAGUCGCCUAAACAAAGAGAAGCCAGUGUCGAGGGGGAAGGAGCCCGUGAGGUUCUCGUGGUUCAGGAGCCUGCCCAGAGUGCAUCAGAGGCGGGCGGGGGGUGUUGCGGAGAGGCGCGAGGGCAUGGGGAGAGGGCAGGGAUGGUGGGAAGGCUGUGGAGGUGCGGCAGACAGCGAGCAGAGUGGUAUGGUCCAUGGGGACACAGGGCAUUCAUGCGGAGUGCCAGCAGCAGCAACAGCAGUACAGGGCGGCGGCACUGGGCGGCGGCACUGGGGGCGCGUAACGCUCGGUCUCGCACUCCACACCCUCGACCCUGCGCAUCUGCUAUGCCCCGCUGCUCCCCUCAUCGCCCCCGCACUCCCCCCACGCUUCCCCAUGCGCGCUACCAUUCCCCGGGGCACUGACAGCUCUGUGACCAUGCCGUCCUUGUCGCACGUGACCCCCUUCGCCUGCGUGCACUCCGCACCUUGCGCCCACCCCGUCGCGCGCAUCCCCCACUCCGCCGCGCAUUCCUUCAGCGCCGCCGCUGGGCGCCGAAUGUGCGGUAUCGUAUAA